CAGAGAGAGGGAAGUCCCUGUAGAACGUUGGUCUCCCCGGAGGGGGGCUCAUGAUGGCGCUAGCGGGGCUCCUGCUCCUUUCGGUGGCUGUAGCCGCCUCCUCGGGUCCUUCCUGGGAGCCUGUGUCCCGCUUGCGUCCGGCGGCGGAGAACCGGCGUCAGGAAGGAGCGGUGCGGGAGCUGCUGGAGCGCCUGCUGGGCCCGCGGGCUGCCUCCGCCUUCUCGGUGUCGGUCAACCGGUCCUUGGCCGGGCCUGGAGGGCUGGACACUUACCGGCUGAGCUCCGGAGGGAGGCCGGGGAUGGUCGAGGUCGACGGCUCCAGCGGAGUGGCCGCCGCCGCGGGGGUCUACCGGUACCUGAAGGACUUCUGCGGAUGCCACGUUUCCUGGUCAGGGAGCCAGCUCCGGCUGCCGGAGAGACUGCCUCCGGUUCCCGCAGAGAUCGUCGUCACCAGCCCCAACAGGUUCCGCUUCUAUCAGAAUGUCUGCACCCAGAGUUAUUCAUAUGUGUGGUGGAAUUGGGACCGCUGGGAACGGGAGAUUGACUGGAUGGCACUCCAUGGCAUCAACAUGGCAUUGGCAUUCACUGGGCAGGAAGCCAUCUGGCAGCGGGUGUAUUUGUCUCUGGGUCUGAAUCAGUCAGAAAUUGAUGAGUAUUUCACUGGCCCUGCUUUUCUGGCUUGGAACCGGAUGGGAAACCUGCACACUUGGGCAGGGCCUCUGCCUCUCUCGUGGCAUCUAAAACAACUCUACCUGCAGUACAGGAUCCUGGAGAGAAUGCGGACGUUGGGAAUGUUGACAGUACUGCCAGCCUUCUCUGGGCACAUUCCCCGUGGCAUUUUAAGAGUUUUCCCACGGAUCAAUGUCACGCGGCUGGGGAGUUGGAGUCACUUUGACUGCACUUUCUCCUGUGCAUAUCUUUUAUCACCUGAAGAUCCCAUGUUCCAGGUCAUUGGGACUCUCUUCUUAAAGGAACUGAUCAAGGAGUUUGGUACAGAUCAUGUGUAUAGUGCUGACACUUUCAACGAGAUGCGUCCACUCUCCUCAGAUCCUGACUACCUCUCCAAGGUCAGCGCAGCUGUCUUCCGCUCCAUGACAGGAGCUGAUCCCAGUGCCUUGUGGCUUAUGCAAGGGUGGCUUUUCCAACACCAGCCUGAUUUCUGGCAGCCAGCACAAGUCCGAGCCCUCCUGCAGGGUGUGCCUCUUGGAAGGAUGGUGGUGCUGGACCUCUUUGCUGAAUCUAAGCCUGUCUAUUCAUGGACAGAGUCCUUCUAUGGGCAGCCCUUCAUUUGGUGCAUGCUUCACAACUUUGGUGGGAACCAUGGCCUUUUUGGUACAGUGGAUAGCAUCAACCAAGGUCCUUUCAGGGCCAGAGCUUUUCUCAACUCUACCAUGGUGGGCAUUGGCCUAACCCCGGAAGGCAUUGAACAGAACGAUGUGAUAUAUGAGCUGAUGACAGACCUGGGUUGGUGUAAGGAGCCAGUGAAUCUUCAGCAGUGGGUGGCUGCAUAUGCCAUGCAGCGCUAUGGCACCACAAAUGCGCAGGCAACAGAGGCCUGGCAGAGGCUGCUGCACAGUGUCUACAAUUGCUCGGGUAUUUGUGUCAACCACAACCACAGCCCACUAGUACACCGUCCUUCUCUGCGGAUGAACAUGGAACUAUGGUACAACCAGAGUGAGGUCUAUGAAGCUUGGCGGCUACUGCUGAGUUCAGCCAAAGAGCUUGGCACAAGCAGCACCUUUGCCUACGACUUGGUGGAUGUAACACGCCAAGCCAUGCAGCAGCUGGUGAGUGACUAUUACCAGGACAUCAAACAAGCUUUCCAGAGUCACUCACUAUCUCGCCUCCUGACAACUGGUGGUGUGUUGGUCUAUGACCUCCUUCCAGAAUUGGACAAUCUCCUGUCCAGUGACCAGCGCUUUUUGCUAGGCCACUGGCUGGAGGCUGCCCGUGCGAUUGCCACCAGUGACAGAGAGGCAGAGCUGUAUGACCUCAACGCACGCAACCAGCUGACCCUCUGGGGGCCCAGUGGCAACAUCUUGGACUAUGCCAAUAAACAGUUUGGAGGCUUGGUGCUGGACUAUUAUGGGGUACGCUGGAGCCUCUUUGUUUCCACCUUGGUGGAAUGCCUCAACACUGGGACACCUUUUCACCAAAACCAGUUCAACCAAGCCGUCUUCCAGGUGGAGAGGGGAUUUAUCUACAACGGGAAACGGUAUCCAGCCAAGGCCACUGGUAACACACUGGAGAUAGUUGCAAAGAUAUUUCUCAAGUAUUACCCUUCUGCCAGGAAGCGUGGCCAUUGGAGAUCCAUGUGACAGAGACUUCCUGUGGAGAGAAACUCUUAUUAGCUAUUUGGACCAUUGAUCCUACUACUGGACUGGUCUUGUCUUGGUGCUGUGAUCCAGGCCUGAUACUACCCAGCUUGUCACAGCACUUUCUUGCAUGCGUAUUUAAGUGUCCCCCAUUGCACUGGGGGGGGGGGCAAGAGGACGAGAUGCUAAUUGUUAGAAAGACUUCAGGAGUAAAGCUUAACUGAAAAUAUAGCUCUACCUCCUGGAAGCUUUGCAACCUAGCUUAUUAUUGUGAUUAGUGAACGUGCUCAGGAACUCAACACCUGCUCUUAAGAAUCAGUGGUCUUCAUGAUUCAACUGCUCCAGAGCUGGCUCAAAUUGAGCUCAGAAAUGUAUGAGGAGGAGGUGGGAGUCUGCUGCUUUAGAGCUGGAAGGUUAUCGGUGCUUUCUCAUCCAUCUCAUUUCCUAAUAUCAUCAGCAUCCCAGCUUGGCCUUCCUCUUUCCCCACAAGUUCAUCAUCCUAUGCAAUCAAGCCGAGUAAAAGUUCUAUUCCACUCCCGCAGCCCUAAGAGAGGACUUUUGUAAGUAAGCCAAGCAGCAUUCAAGCAUUUGAAAGCCUAUGGAGGGCAACUGACAGUCCUCCCGAUGUAGUUUAACUGAACUCCUCUUCCUCUUUACAGUUGCCUGGAGCUGAUGGGAAUCAUAGUCCAACGGGCUAUGGAGGGCCAUAGAUUCCCCACACCUGAGCUACUAGGUCAUGUGGAAGCUUGAGACCAAAAAAAAGGGCUAGACAGUUUCUUCUCCUUGCAAGGAGAAAGACUGAAGAGAUACCAAAUUGAUUGCAGUGGUUGUUACAGGAUUCAUUGGCUGGUCUGAGGGAUAAUUUUGAGAGUUUUAGGCAUGAAUUCAUUGUGCAGGACUCCCUUUUCUGACAGGAUAGCCUUCCAAGAGGAGAAAAAAUGUUUGGAGUUGGGAGGAACGUGCUCAAAUAACAUCAUCCUCUGAAGAUGGCACUAUGGCCAACUUGAAAUGGAGUUUGGGGUCUUCCACCCAGCACUGGAGUAUUCCCUCCCUCAGAUCCUCUAGGGCUUCCUAGUUGGAAAGACUGAACAGGGAGCGAGGAAGCUGUGGUAGUAAUGGGAGACCAGCCUCUUCCCAAUGGGCUUUGUGGAAGAGAGGUGAAAAACCAGAUUUCCAAAGUGCACUCAUACCCCUUCAGGGUUCUUAGUACAAAAAAGAAAUGCAAAGAAACUAUAAUACCAACUUUUUUUAUUCUUAUUAUUUUAUGAAAGGAGAGUUUCUUCAAUCUGACUGUCUUUUAACUUUUAAGUGCCUUGUGGUCCUUAAAUGACAAAUGGGCAAGUUUACAUAUGUGUGUAUAUAUUUUGUUCACACAAAAAUGUCUGAUCCUUGUAAUUAUUUUUGAUUUAAUAUUUGUAUAAAUAUAUUCUCUUCUGUGGUAAAAGAGAAGCCUAUUGAGUGUUUCUUGUACUUCACACUUUCUUCUUUCUUUCUGAUAGCCUUGGCUGAAGAGCACGGUAUAAAUAAAUAAGUAUUAUUAUUAUUAUUA